AUGAUUUCACGAUGCUAUGCAACAGCAAUAUGUGAUACAGAAUAUGGAAUUCUGAAUACAACAAUCAUUAAUGGAAGUAAUGAAAAAUGGGAAAGUGAUAAUGUAGUACCAAGUUCAAAUCUAAUCACCGAUAAUAGUAAUCAGCAAGAAACUUCGCAAAUUAACCGACCAUUGUCAGAGAUUCAGCCAACAAGGCCAAUACCAAUAUGGCAGUUACUUUUACUCCGAAAUAAACUAAUCACAGAAGCUAAAUCAUUCCCGAUCGUAAGAGCAACGGAAAGCAAUAAACUAGCUGAAGUUCAAAAGAGUGAAAAAAGUUCAAAAGGGUUUGGAAAUAUGGAAAUAACCGAAAGAAACAAUUCUAAGGAGAUGAAUAUAAAAAAUACCCCGGAGUAUACGCGAGAAAUAAUUACAGAAGAAAUAACAACAACAACAACAACAUCAACAAAACAAAAUAUUCCAAAGAAAGAUCAAAAUGAAGUGCAGGCAAAAGAACGAUUGUGGUUGCUGUACAAAGCGUUACAACAAAUGGACAAAAACGCGGAUUGUUUGAAACAACAGUGAUGAGAUUUAUUUGAAAUUCCAUUCUUUUCUCAAAUGAAACGAUAUAAUACUUUAUGUAUAUUCUAAAUAAAUAAGUAAACACAAACUGAUAAAACUUUUAAAAUACACAAACACAAAAGUGAAAA